AUGGACGCCGUGAGGUUGCCCGAGAUUCGAGCGUCUUCGAGCGCGGACGGCACCGUCGGGGAUAAGGCGUCGCCUUCCCAACAGUCGACGGCCGUCGUUGGCGCAUCGACGCGACGUCGAACGACGCGGCGUCCCGAGGCCGGCGGGACGUCGACCUUCUGGCGUCGGCGACCGCUGCUGCAACGAAGCCAGACCUGUCUGGGCGACGUGGACCGAAAGGCGAAGAAGAAGUCCGCGUCGUCGUCAGACCGCUGUCCCGGAGGCGGCACCGAGGAUUACUGGUUCCUCGAGCCCGCGAACGCUCACUCGAGUGUUGUUACACCGGUCAGUGCGAGUGCUGCCGGGAUAGUUGUCGAAGAGCGCGCGCAAGCGGGGGACAGGAAAUUGCGUAGCGCCGACCGGAACUCUAAAGGCGGUUCUUGCCUCUUCCUGUCGCAGUGUUGUUGCCAGACGAAAGGACAGCAACGAAGUGAAUGCUCCCCCCAUUUCUCCCCAUCUAGGUCGGCGGCCCCUACGUCCCCGAGCGUCAGCUGCGGCUCGUCCUCGUCGAAGAACGCUGCCGAGAACCAGCGGCUCAGCAACAGUGGCAGCAAGUCGAGCCCUCAGCCGCCACCACAUCAGUCGCAGGCUUCCGGUUCGAGCUCCGCGUCGGCGUCCUCCGCCACCCAUAGCGAACCCGGCAGCAAGGCCUCCAAGACAGCGGAUGAAGCUGCAGCAUCAGCAGCGGCGUCAGCAGCAGAGGCAUGCGGCGACGACGCGGGCGACGUGCAGUACUGCGACCCUUGGGACACGGGCCCAGCCGCCGUGGCUCUGCGGCUACUGAGGGCCGAAGAGCAGCGCAACAACAAGACCCCCACUCCGGCACACGCCGCCACCCCCGCUGCGGGGGGCGCGCUGUCUGCCGACGAGAUGGCCCGCCAGAGGCACAUCUACGAGACGGCGUUCGACUCUCGCGUCAAGCAGCGAGACCCGGAGCAGGACUUGGACCGAAUGGCCCAAAGCCCCGUCCUCCUCGCUGGGCUGCAGCAGCAGCCGCGUGCAGGUCCCCUAUACCCGGUGCCAUCGUCGUCUUCGUCUUCGGGAGUGGCAGUCACGCCGGGGCGCAAGGGUGGCAUCACGAGGCAACCUUCACUGCAGGAUGCCUGUUGCCCGAAGCCACCACCGCACCAGGGGAGCAGUAGUGGCACCUCAGCAUCUUCUAAUGUUCAGCAGCAACCAGCACCAACACCUCGUGGUUCCAGCAGCAGUGGCAACCCUUCAGUUCCAAUUCCUGCCACCAGAGGGCAGGGUUUGGCGAGCAAGCAAGCGUCGGCGGCCGACAAGGCCAUUUACCAGAACCACCCAUUACCGCAGUCCCCAAUUUCUGAGAACCCCCCUGCUGCACCUCUCGGCGCAGUCGCCGUUAAGCGCAGCAUCCACGCAGGCGUCAAGGUGCUCCCUUCAGAGCCAGUGCGGCGCCCAAGGCAUGGUGGCCACCGCAAGGAAGGGGAGCCAAUGGCCCUGGCGCCCGUGCUGCUCAAUGGGUUCCGGUCCACAUCCUCAGACAAUGUGUCAUCAUCCUCCUCCUCAGACAACAGUCCCCGCAGGCCUGAUGAGAAGCGAGGCCGGCACGGUCCACUACAACCAGUCACUGCUAAUUCCAGUCAUGUGGCACCCACGGCUGCACCACUUCAAAAUGGCUCCAACUGUGUCCUCCAGUCAUUCAGGGCAUCUCCAUCAGUGGACAGCCUGUCCAAUUCUUCCUGUGACAGUCCUCGAAAACCUGAAGAAAAGCGGGGCAGACUGGUAGCAGUCGCACCGCCCACAGUGAUCAAUGGAGCACCGUUUAAGGGGGCCUCCUCGGCUUCGACUGAAAGUGAGAAUGCUGAGCGGCGGCUCUCUGACAACAGCAAACGGUAUCCAGCCGUAAGACCGCUGCUUCAACACAAUCAAAGCCCCAGCUCGGACACGAGACCAGAGAGUGACUACGACCGGCCCUGGGACUUGCCAAGGAUCAAGCGCAGCAAUGGUGACUCGCCUCCGCAAGUCCCCGACCAUAGGUCCCGGCCGGCAGUGCAGUCGCCCACACAGCACACUCCAGCAGUGCAGCCCUCGGCCGUCCGGCUGCCCCCUCCGUCCCCCGAGUGCACAGCUCUGCAGGCCUCGGAUCCCUGUCAUGCCAGCCCUGCGCCAACAGCUUCGAGCAGCAGUGGCGGCGUCCCUAGUUCAUCCUCCCCUUCGGUGGCCAUGAUGGCCUCCUCCUCCUCAUCCUCAUCCAACACGUCCAUCGCGAUGGAGUCACCUGCUGCAGGUCCACAUGCCAGGCCCAGUGCUCCAGCGCGACCCAUGCUCAACCUGAACUUGAACCUGAAUGCAUCGAACUCGCCCAAGCGGUCUCGGCACAACCUCACGCUUAACUUUGGUUGCGCCGCUUUGAGCGUCGUCGGCGAGAAAGUAGACACUAGUGUCGCUCUUGAAAAGCAAGGGUGGUACCAUGGCUCGAUCAGUCGCCUUGACGCUGAGAACUUGCUCAGGGUUCUGAAGGAAGGAAGCUACCUCGUCCGCAACAGCGAAAGUUCCAAGCACGACUUCUCACUCUCCCUGAAGAGUGCACGGGGUUUCAUGCACAUGAAGAUAGUGCACAAUGAAGACGGGAAGUUUAUAUUGGGCCAGUUCAGCAAGCCCUUCGAAAGCAUCCCUGAGAUGAUCCACCACUACUCAGUCAACAAGCUGCCCAUCAAGGGAGCCGAGCACAUGUCGCUUCUCUACCCAGUCAUCGACCAACUUCUCUGAAAAUGCUUGUAUCACUUGCUGUGUGCUGGCAGCAUGGCAUAGAAUACCUUUAAUUUGCUUAUUCUAUUUCAAACGCCCAUUCUAUUCUUUAAUGUUUUAUAUUGUACAACCGACUGACAGAUGCCAAAAAAAAAAAGAAAGAAAGAACUUUUUUCCACAAUUUAGAGCUCUUUCAGAGUUGGGCUGUAUACACAAUUCAGUAUAAUGUGCCGAAUUCUCUUUUAAGCCCUUCUGCCUGCCUUGGCAAGGGCGGAGUUAGCUGAGUCUGUAAGCAAACAGCUUCUGUGCAUAUUCUGGACAAAGUACUACAACUAUUGAAAUCUAGCCUUUAAUUAAUGCAGUGCAUUUUUAUGAAUGAGGUUCCUUGCACAUUUUUAGCAAAGUGGAUCCACAUUUCACGUAAGCGUAUGCAGUUUUUACAGACUGAAGUGAAAUGUUACUGUCAACCUUAUCGUGUCUCUUUGUUCUAUUUUAUUCUGUCAUGAAUAUUUGUGAUUAGAAACUCCUGUUGACUAAGUAGCCACCAUAUGUUGUGUGAAUAUCACCAGUAAUUGUAACUUGCGAUGCUUUUUUAGCUGCACACUUUGCUUUCUUUUAUAUAAAGCUCAAGAAACAGCUUCCCGAGCAUUCUCUUUUAUUUAGUUUUAUCUUUAAUGACUGCCGUUGUACUUAUAAUGACAUGUCCUGCACGGCAGGACUUGACCUCAACGUAGAUGUCAAACUGCUUCAUUUGUUGAAGUGGCAACAUUCCAUAUACAUAAUUCACUCUGUUUUUACCGCACCUAAGAUAACCGGGAAAAAAAAGUGAUUUAAUGUACUUAAUAUUACUGAGUAUUUAUUUAGUUGUUGCCAUGAUGUGAAACUGUCUAGUCGAUUCAGCUUAGGCGCUCCCUAAGCAAUACACUUUGUUUCAUUUUACACAAAGAAAGAAAGAAAUUUAUGCAUGAUGAGUGUGAAGUCGUUUUAUCGCCAGCUGCAGAGUUGAGCUGCAAGGAUGAAAACGUGAGCUAUGCUUAAAAGGAGCGAAGUGGUCCUGGAUCAGAGAAACGCCUCUAUGGUGCUUUGACUACCUACUUGUUAACAAUAUCAACAUGCGGCAAGCUUGGGCAGGCAUUCUGCAUCAAAAUCAAAUACCACUUGGAGAUGCUCAUGCGAUAGUACUCGGCUUAUGUUUUGCCUGCCAUACUUGCUUCUGCCUAUGCCCUUACGUCACACAGGCGAAAAAUAGCGAGAGGUUGUUCUCAAUUUUGUCAGCCGUUUUCCGAGCUGGUAACAAUUAUGUUUUGCUAGUUUCCAGAAUGUGUAUACCGUGUGGCACGCACAUAAAUGGGCUAAUAAUCUGGUUGAACUGUAGCUGCCAUACAAAAUUUUCCGCUAAAUCACCAGUUUCGCUUUUGCCGUGCCUGUUCUUUUUCUGAAUACAUGCACAAAAUAUUUUCUUGAGUCCAUUGGCACAUAACAGGUAGUUGCCUCAAGAACCUACAGCAGAUGGCAGGAUAUUAUAAUUUCCUGCAGUUACAGGGUAUCAGGAUGUUGUUGUAACUGUUGCUUCAAUAUUGAACAAAAACAGCACGAGAUUAUAAAACAGGAUCUGUAUAAGCAGAAAAGCUCUGGUGGACAUCCGUAAACCUCCUGAACGAAACACAAAUGUUUCUUAAAAUUGGCGUAUUUGACUAACACAAAUUAGCCGUGUAAUAAGACAGCUUUUUGAUUGUGGGAGCACUUUCAAUGCGAGAAGUAACUGUUCCUUUGACACUUAUGGACAGAAAAUUAACAUGCAUAGCACUUACUGUGUUCUGCCACAUCGUUAUACAGUAGUCACCUACGGCACCUUUGAGCUCUUGCCCCCAAGAGACAAAGUAGUAGUGAGGUUACGUACUUAGCGUGGAGGAGCAGUAGCUUAGCAUUGACAGAAAGACAUUUCCCCCCUCUUACUAGAAGCACACUGCCGUGGUUGAGCAUUGCCUACAUAGUGCCAGUCUGUUGCACCCCAAGCAUAUUAUCUAUAUCAUUUCGCAUGAUGCAAGUGGCAAAAUGAUUUUGGUGCAAGGGUCGUUGCCUUGCCGAACAUGCUCAACAUUCCCAGGCGAGCUCUUUGGCAUUGAAAUUUUUUCAUGCAAUCACAGGUUACUUGGCUCUUGCUUUGUGCCAACCAUAAGCCAUGGUAUUAUGGCUUCUGCCUUUGGAAGAGGUACCAACUGUGUGCAAAAUGUAAUUGCUCUGUUUUUUUUUUAUCUUGUCAGUCAUUAGCCAGUACUCAAGCUUUAUUCAUUUGUCAUAAAAUCCAAAGUUUUGAACCAUGGAACAGUAGAACUUUGAUAUAGCAAAUAUAAAUUUAUUGAAUUAUUGGAUUUAAUGAAAUAAAUCUAAAAUGUUUUUUGUUGAUAUCAGCAUGUAAUUUGUAAAAACUAUUGUUGGGUUUAACUAUCUUACUUUUAUGUAGACUGUUACCUUGUAUUGGAAUUUGACUGUACAUAUUUGCAAGAUAUCUCUUUCAAUCUUCUGAAGCUUGACUUCACAAAAUUAAUUGUUCUCACAAUUCUCGUGUUUUCCACAUUUCAACAAUACUGUGAAACCUUCAAUUCAUUAUCAAUGCAGAAUUUCUAGAAAUAUGUAUUUGGAGUCCUGGCUAAUGAAUGGCUGUAGAUAAGCUAACACAUGGUGAGACAAGUACCAUGAUAGAAUCUGAUGUGCCAUUGUAGUCACAAUGAAAACUUUUCUCUGCCAGGUGCAUUGCCAAGCUUUCCGACUUUCGUUUGCGCUGCCAACAUUGUUUGCAUUUUCUGCUGCUCGAGCACAUUUUGCGUGAUGUGCCUUCUCAGCUGUGAGAAUGAGACAGCGGUACUUGGAAGUUGAAAGACGUACGUUGUGGAGCCUUGUGGAGUUGCGCAUUCCCUGCCAGAGAA